AUGACAAGUAAAAAUAUGGAAGGAUCCGAAUCAUUCGACGAAAGCAAUGAAUGGGUAAUAGAUAUCCACCAAGAACGAGUUGAUUUUGACUGGCUCAACUACAAUCCUCACGUAUUCCUCCCGCUCGACUACGAAUAUUUCUUUCGUACAGGAAAAAUUAAAAAAAUAAAUAUUGAACCCCAAGAACCUCCUUCAAAUUGAAAACCAUGCUUCAUAAUUGGCUGUGGCCGUUCUGGUUCAACAGUUCUCUGCAAACUGCUUUCAGCUCACCCUGACCUCUGCUUUUUAAAUGAGCCACGUGAACUGUGAAUGCAGGCUUUCCCCAAUUUUGACGUUUGGUCAUCUAAGUCACGCGAGCGUGAAGGGAAGCUACGAAUGUCACGAAACGACGCAGACCUGGCUGGAGCUCGAAGGCUCAACGAAUUAUUUUACACAAUAACCAAUUUGGUCAGCCGAAAGAAACUGAUUGAAAAAACACCAGAAAAUACAUUUCGGCUAAAAUGGCUCGAUCAGCUUUUCCCCGGUUGCAAAUUUAUUAUGGUCAAAAGGAAUCCGAUAGGAACCGCUAGGAGUAUCGCAAGGUUCCAGCCAGACACGUGGUUUGGAUAUGGCGCGUAUAAAUGGGAGCAACUAUCAACCUUGCUGGCACGUUAUAAAGUAAUACAUAAUUAGAAGAAUUUGGCAUUGCCUGAGGAAUUUAUAACACUUACCGAAGACUCAGCAUUUGCUAAAGGACUCGUUGAAUGAGCCCUAAGUGUGCUCAGCGCAGAUUAGAUUAGAUUAGUUAAAAUUAUAGCGGGCCGUCGGGGUUUAUUUCAAUCCCUCUCCGUCCAACGGAUAGCUUCGUGUUGGCGCUAAGCGCUAUGCUCAGCGCAGAAGAAUUCAAAAUGUCCCUGCCAAAGGACGAAGUUAAGGAAAGAUUCAUGGAAAUCCAUUUAGAAAGGCUGAUAAACAGGCCUCAGGAAUCAAUGAAAGAAGUUUUAGAAUUUCUUGAAUUAGGAGAUUGUGAAGAAGUUUACAACAUUUCGUCGCAAAUCGUGCAAAAGCAUCUGACGCCGACGUUUUCGAUGCCUUGCUCACAUGUACACCAUUACGGCAGUGCAAAUGAAGAACACAUUCUGGCUUAUGCCGGAGCUUCCUUGAGGAAUUUGAUAUUUGAGCAUUCUUUGCACAAUUAA